AUGGCACGAAAUGAGUCUUCACCUCAGCCGAGUAGUUCGAGUACCAGUCAGGCCGUACAGAAUGGUGUUCCCAAGCAAGUUAAAAUUUCUAUAAAAGUUAUCUCCGCAAAACUCAAUGCUACGGGUGGCUUUUUAAGUAAACCUGCCGAUUCCUAUGUUGAAGUGUCCGUUGAGGGCAGUCAAAGUAGCAAGAAGACUUCCGUCAAGAAGAAGAGCAACAAUCCAGAAUGGGAUGAAUCGCUUUCGCUUCCGGUGACGGAUUCUUCCGUUCUUCUCUUUCGUGUAUAUAGUCGUGCGAAACUUUUCGACGAUCCCCUGAUCGCCCAGGCUCAGAUGAAAAUCGCGGCAAUACCAAAAUUGGACUCUGGGGAAUUUAAUCCGACCGCCAUUUCUAUCCAGCUCAAUGGAAAAGACAAUAACAAAGUAGGAACUCUGAAAGUGGCUUUUUCUGGUAAUUUAGAACGAAGUCGAAGAAGCGUAGGUUCAAAUGGGCGCCUAGCUGAACCUGUUGACGGCGAAGCCUCGACAUCUACUGGAGCGAUGGCAAGACGCACUUCAGUGAAGAAUCGAGACACUAUUGCGCAGUCCCAACAACCGGCAACAGCGGAAGAGCGGCUUCCUGAUGGAUGGGAAAUGCGUUAUGACCAGUAUGGGCGCAAGCCUAACAAC